AUGAAAUUAGUCAGUCUCAUCGUUAAACCCUUAUACCAAUACUCGGAAAAAAAUUUAACACGUGAUAUUUCACAGAUAUUGAACCCCUUAGAUGCGAUCUGUAAUAAACCGAGAAGAGACGCCGUAUGCGUGAGUCAGCUAAAAAACGCGAAAAAAGUAGACAAAGCGAUACUACAGGAACGUCCAGACGUCAAAAUAUUUUUACCUUUCCGUUUCCUUUUCUACAAGCCCGACGAACUUUUCAAACCUCACACGUACAACAGAUUCUUAGCCGCCCCCACAGGUGAUCACGUCAUAAGUUUGAUUGAUGAGAUAUCUCUGAUAUUACCACCGGCUCCUCCGCUGUCCCAAUUGGACGAUCUGGAUCAGGAUCUGUUUUGUAACGGGGAUAAUCGUCCUGUUAACUGCGGAAAGGAUUGCCAAUGCGUCCAUAACGUGGAUAUUCCACUUAAUGCCAUCGUAGAAGUAGUUUUAGUUGAUGAAGUACAAUCGCCGAAUCUAAGUCACCCUUUCCAUCUCCACGGGUAUAACUUCAACGUGAUCGGUAUCGGUAGAUCCCCGGAUCAAAACGUGAAGAAAAUCAACCUGAAGCACGCCUUAGAUUUGGAUAGGAGGGGACUACUACACAGACAGUUCAAUUUACCUCCGUCGAAAGAUACCGUAGCGGUACCGAAUAACGGAUAUGUGAUAUUUAGAUUUAGAGCCGAUAAUCCAGGUUGGUGGUUGUUCCAUUGCCAUUUUCUCUUCCACAUCGUCAUAGGAAUGGGUCUUGUUAUUCACGUCGGGACUCAACACGAUUUACCGCCGGUCCCGCAUCUGUUUCCGAGAUGCGGGGAUCAUUUGCCGCCCAUAACGGGACCGCCGCCUCUACACAGUUACCAGUAAUCGUUAGGUUAAAGAAAAAAAAUUGAAACGAUAUAUUUUGAAUCAUUUAUAACAGUUUGUUUCCGAAAUAUUCGGAAUUUGUUCGAGGUUGCAGCUUGUAUUGACUGGACUAUUUUUUUAACAAAAACAUUUCAAAUAUACCUCGUAUAAUGAAUGUUUAAUGGUUGAAAUAGUUUUUACCUACUAAUUGAAUGUUUAUUUAAAGAUUAUCGAGGUAUUGAUUUAAAAAUAUUAUCAAUUUAAUAAAAGGUAUUCGUAAAUAUCUGCUGGUGACGUCACUACAUAGUAAACAUUCGAUAUAAUCAAUUAAUUCAUUUCGUUUGAACUAUAAUUCCAUUGAAAAAAAUUGUUAAAUAUAAUAAUCGAAUUUUAUUUUAAUUGGUAAAAAGUUUCAAAAGACAUUUUAUAAUAAGAUUGAAGUUAAUUGUUUAUAAAUUUACUAUAUAAUGACGUCAGCGAAUCGCCAUAUUGGUAAUGAGGGUUUUAGCGGGAAUUUUGAAUCGAAAAUGAUUUUAAACGUGAUGAUGAUAUCGAAAUUUUAUUUUUUACGUGUUUGAAUGAAAUUAAAUUGAAUUUUUUUUGAUAUUGUAUUUAUAUGAAUGUUACAAAAUAUAUUGUUCGAAAAUAU